AUGUCCAGUGUGGGCCAGCUGUCCUUGCCAGACGCAACAGUGUGGGGGCCAACGGUGAUCAAGACCACACUCAUGAUCAAUGACAAGGCGGUUGCUGUCGAACAGCUUGCAGUUGUGUCUCCCGAUGAGCUGGCAGACAUUCAGCGUGAAGAGCAGCAGGCUGUUGAUGAGGUGUCCACGUCCUCCACUUCAGCUUUGAGCACACCUGACAAGAAAGAACCGGCGUCCUCGACAACCGCCAAGAUGCUGUUGCCGACACUCUUCGGAAAGCCAUCACCGCACCCCAGCACAGCUGCUCACGCCUUUGGGGUGCGGCGCAUGCGCGGCAUGCACAACAACGUGUCGUGUGGGCCUGCUCGCUGGCACCGCGCCGGUGAAGCCCUGCAGGCAUCAUCGCCAGCAUCGGCGAGGUGGGCGGAUACAAAGGCCCACAAAGAAACGCACACACCAGCACAAGGCAUGACGUAUGUCAGCUUCGUGAUGGUGCAUGUUGAUGAUGCGUUGCGCCGUGUGGAAGUCAAACACGAGACCUACGCAACGGAGCCACGCGACAUCAUCGCGUACGUGUGUGUGUGUUUGAGCGAGAUCCGCUUCUGCCCCAUCACCUUCAUCGUGUGUGCCACCGUGUUUCUUCGUCGCGUCCAUCAUCGUGGCUGCGUGCGGCCGGACUCCUGGGAUGCGCGCAUGAUCGACGGCAUGUCGCGACGCUUCACCUCAUCCUCAUGCUGCUGGGCGUGGUCGCCUUCAUUUCCCGGUCAGCCGUUUCUCCUCUCCGCGGUGCGGUCCACCAUGCACGGUGCUGCCAACAUGAAUGUGACCGGCAUUCCCCCUCUUCACCUUUGUAUCGCUCGGGCGUACAUCGAACACCUCGCCAAAGGCAACAUCUCCAGCCUGCUGAAGGAAGGUAUAGUCAAAGGCAAUCGCAUGGAGGAGCGAAUUGACACCGAGCUCGUGCAGCGCGGCGACAACCUGAAGGUGGUGGCCGGUGGCAAAGUGCCUGUGAAAUGGAUGGAUGCACGCGUGCUGGAUGGUGCAGGUGAAAUGGACGAGGCCGUGAUCACGGGCACAUCAACACUCGUCUCGUCUCCAAAGGCGUAA